AAUCUUGCUCAAAGAGCGCGCUGGAAAACCAGGAAGCGACGACGAGUAGAGAGGAGACAGCAAUAGUGAAAUUGAUCGCAGUCGCUGACCCCUAAAUCUUUGAUCUUCAACAUGGAUUCAGAAGGGCAACGAGCAUCUGCAAACCCAUCCGCAAUGCUGGCUGGUCUCUUGGGCAAAAGGGCUAAAUUGCAUGAAGAGCUCCGCAGCAUCGAAAAGCAGGUGUAUGAUAUGGAGACGGGUUAUUUACAGGAUCCGAGCCAAUGUGGCAAUGUCUUGAAAGGUUUUGAAGGGUUUUUGUCUUCUUCCAAGAACACUACACUCUUGAAACGAUCAAGGAAGUUUCAGCCUGACGACAGGCUGUUCUCAUUGUCCUCUGUCACUUCACCAGCUGCUGAAGAAAUAGCAAGAGAUGGUGGUGUAACAACAAAUGGGCCUGGGAAACCAAAGAAAGGUAGAGGGCCGAGAGAGGUGAAGAGAAGACAAUCUAGCGAAGUGGACUUCGACUAUGAAGAUGAUCCCGAUCUCAUGUAGACAUGUAGUGACUCCCCCCAUAUAUGAAUAUCAAGGCUGACUUUACUUGCUACCGGAGUUCUCUACCUACCAGCUACAAGCUAAGUUUUCAUUGCUAUGGAGAUUAUAUAAACUGAAGCUUACAUGUUUCCAAGAAAAAUUAACCAUCUUCGUGUAUGUAUACAUCUAAUUCCUGUUCUUGAAACACAGGCCCUUCAGCAAAGGCCAACCUUUUUAUGUAUUACUUCUAACUAAAAAGUAAAAACAAUUGAGCAAUUUGAUAGA